UUUUAAACCUGAACGUCAAUUCGCCGCAAUGGCGGACGGAGCAGCAGCUGUUGGAAUCGGUUCUGAUGUAAACACACCUGGUCCAGGUGUGAACACGGCUGGAAAUCCCACAGAAAUAGCCAUGGCGUAUUUGCAAGACGAGAAGACUGAUGGUGACAUCACCAACCUGAACCUGGGAGAACUGGACCUCACCACUGAUGAGUUUAUCUUGGAUGAAGUGGACAUUCAUAUUCAGGCCAAUCUGGAAGAUGAUCUGGUGAAGGAGGCGCUCAGAACGGGUGUGGAUCUGCGUCAGUACUCCAAACAGGUGGAGACGGAGCUGCAGAGGAUUGAACAGGCGUCCAUCAAAGACUACAUUAAGGAGAGUCAGAACAUCGCUCUGCUGCACAACCAGAUCACCGCCUGUGACUCCAUCCUGGAGCGGAUGGAAGGAAUGCUGAGCGGCUUCCAGAGUGACCUGUCGUCCAUCUCCAGUGAGAUCCAGACGCUGCAGCAGCAGUCGGUCAGCAUGAACGUCCGUCUGAAGAACCGACAGGCCGUUAGGAGCCACCUGAGCCAGCUGGUGGACGAGCUGGUGGUUCCUGGAGCCAUGAUCUCCACCAUCCUGGACAGUCCAGUGACGGAGCAGGAGUUCCUGGAGCAGCUCCACGAGCUCAACAACAAGAUCAACUUUGCUAAAGAGCUGAGCUUCAGAGAGACGCUGGCCUGCUCCGACAUCCAGGACAUCGUAGACCGCCUUAAAGUCAAGGCAGUGUCAAAGAUCAGAGAGUUCAUUCUGCAGAAGAUCUACUCCUUCAGGAAGCCCAUGACUAACUACCAGAUCCCUCAGAACACUCUGCUCAAGUACAGGUUCUUCUACCAGUUCCUUCUGGCCAAUGAGAGAACAGUUGCCAAGGAGAUCAGAGACGAGUACGUGGACACCAUGAGCAAGAUCUACUUGAGUUACUUCAAGUCGUACAGUGGCCGGCUGCUCAAGGUUCAGUAUGAGGAGGUGGCAGACAAAGACGACCUGAUGGGAGUAGAAGACACAGCUAAAAAAGGUUUCUUCUCCAAACCGUCUCUGAAGAGCAGGAACACCAUCUUCACGCUGGGCCAGAGGGGAUCCAUCCUGAGUCCUGCAGAGCUGGAGGGUCCCAUCCUGGUCCCUCAUACAGCUCAGAGAGGAGACAGCAGGUAUCCCUAUGAGACGCUGUUCCGCAGUCAGCACUACGCUCUGCUGGACAACGGCUGCAGAGAAUUCCUCUUCCUGUCCGACUUCUUCAUGGUGGCAGGAAACUCAGCCCUGGACCUCUUCAACAGCAUCAUGGGAAAAACCCUCAGCAUGUUCCUGAAGAGUAUGUCCACCUACGUAUCCGACUGCUAUGACAGCAUCGCCAUCUUCCUCUGCAUCCACAUCAUCCUCAGAUUCAGAGCCAUAACAGCCAAGAGGACCAUCCCCGCUCUGGACAAGUACUGGGAGGCCGUCCUGGAGCUGCUGUGGCCGAGGUUCGACCUCAUCCUGGAGAUGAACAUCCACAGCAUCAGAAACACUGACCCUCAGAAACUAGGAGUUCUGGACACCAGACCACAUUAUAUCACACGUCGUUACGCAGAGUUCUCAUCAGCCAUCGUCAGCAUCAACCAGACGUUCCCUAAUGAGAGGACCAACGCCCUGCUGGGACAGCUGCAGGUUGAGGUAGAAAACUUUGUGCUGAAGAUGGCGGCUGAGUUUCCCUCCAGAAGAGACCAGCUGAUCUUCCUCAUCAACAACUAUGACAUGAUGCUGAGUGUCCUCAUGGAGAGGGCAGCAGACGACAGUAAGGAGGUGGAGGGUUUCCAGCAGCUGCUUCUGGCCAGAACACAGGAGUUUAUCGAGGAGAUUCUUUCUCCUCCGUUUGGAGGGAUGAUCGCCUUCGUGAAGGAGGCCGAGGCUCUGAUGGAGAAAGGCCAGCUGGACCGACUGAAGAACGAAGAAGCUCGAAUCUCUCAGCUGGUUCGGGGAUUUUCCAGCUCCUGGAAACAGUCGGUGGAGGCGAUGAGUCAGGACGUCAUGAGGUCCUUCACCAACUUCAAGAAUGGAACCAGCAUCAUACAGGGCGCCCUCACCCAGCUCAUCCAGUACUACCACGGCUUCCACAAAGUCCUCAACCAGCCCACCUUCCGCAGCCUGGCCGUCCGCUCAGAGCUCAUCAACCUGCACCACCUCAUGGUGGAGGUCAAGAAGCACAAACCCAACUUCUAGCAGGGAGACGGUGACUCCUGGGUCCUCCCCGUCUCCUCCUGGGUCCUCCCCGUCUCCUCCUGGGUCCUCCCCGUCUCCUCCUGGGUCCUCCCCGUCUCCUCCUGGGUCCUCCCCGUCUCCUCCUGGGUCCUCCCCGUCUCCUCCUGGGUCCUCCUCGUCUCCUCCUGGGUCCUCCCCGUCUCCUCCUGGGUCCUCCCCGUCUCCUCCUGGGUCCUCCCCGUCUCCUCCUGGGUCCUCCCCGUCCUCCCCGUCUCCUCCUGGGUCCUCCCCGUCUCCUCCUGGGUCCUCCCCGUCUCCUCCUGGGUCCUCCCCGUCCUCCCCGUCUCCUCCUGGGUCCUCCUCGUCUCCUCCUGGGUCCUCCUCGUCUCCUGCUUUAGUCUAUCUCUGGAGAAGGUUAGCUCAGAUGUUAAGAAGAAGGUGUGAUCAUUGAAGAUCAGAGGUGAACCUGAGGAGCCCACACAUCUCCAUCUGUCUAAAUGUUGGUUAUAAAGAGGUUCCAGUGAUGUUCAGGGUGUUUUUGAUUCUUUAGUUUCUUUACAGCGACCAACAGAACUGAACCGAAUGAUGAAGAAAAACCUCCAAGUCCUGCUGAGUCAUCCUGUUCCUGUUAGUUAAAUCCUCAGAAAUAAGAAUUAAAUAGAUUCAACCUGUUACUUAAAUACUCGAAUAAUAAACAGAAGAAGGAUUUAAAUGAUUACUGUCCAUAAACUUAUUAGUCAGUUCUGAACUCGUUUCUCUUUUCUGUUUGUAUUAAAGCUCGACUAGCUGUUGUUCAGCAGCGUUUAGUUUUUGUGGAUCUUCAUAGAAACGGUUCAGACAUCUCUCAUGUAUGUAGUCUAACUUUAGAGCUCAUUCUGCUCAUAUACUGGUUUUUAUCGUUUUAUUUUGGGCUUUAAUGUUCAUAAAACUGGUUCCAUUUGUGUCUGAGCUGUAAGUGAUGCAUGUCUUUAAAUGUUGUGGUGGGAAGAUGUGAUUAUUAAAGAAGAAUCAGCAGCUCUAUGAACUAAAAGCUGUUUAUCACCCUUAAUCCAGAGUUUAACGUCCAGAGUUCUUCAGUUCCUUCCGCUGGAUUCAGAUGCUGGUUUGAAGUCAACUCUGGAUCUAAAUCAGGAAGAACUCUGAGUUUGAGGCCUUAUUCUGGGUUUCUGAGGUUAGUUUAAGAUCUGAGCAGCUCAGAGAGUUUAUUUUUCUGGACUGAGAUCAGUUUGUAUUCCCAGAAUGCUGAAUCCUGCUGUUCUGUCUUUAAUUCUCCAUGUUGGACCAGAAUCUCCAUGUAGUUUUGUUCUGUUCUGACUUAGAGCUCAUAUACUGCUGAUUUCCUGUAGUUUUAUUCAGGGUUCUACGAGAACAGGUUUACAUGCUUUAAUGUUCAGACACAUCCUCUCAGUAGUCUCUGUGUCUGAAACUCUCCAUUUUAGCUUCUGUCUGUUUCCGGCCGUCCUCUGAUUGGUCAGAACCAGCCAAAGUCAGGAAAUGUUAAUUCUAAAACGUCUUAUCGGGCGAUCUAACAGAAGCAUGAAGAAGAAUGAACAUGUUUCUGACGUAGACAUGAACUCCCUCCAGUGUUUCUAAAUUCAGAGAGCUUUUACUGAAACAAAGGAAUAAAGCAGAACUCUGGUUCUUUAAUGAGGCCAACAGACGUCUGAUCUGAUCAGAAGAUUCUUCUUUAUGGUUUUAUAGAACAUGGAGGAGUUCUCAAGGAUGUUAAAGUAAAAAUACCAGAGGCUCUCUGCAAACUUUAACAUCUCAUGAAUGUGUGGAGUAAUAGCAGUACUACUAGUAGUAAUAGUAGUAUUAGUUUCAGCAGCAGGUUAUGAUUAAGUUCUGUUAGAAGCAAACUUUAGUGUUGUCGUCUGACCAGGUUUGUUGACAAGAAGAAAUCUGAUCCUGUUCAGCUGUCUGAUGAAGGUUCCAGAGGGUUAACUGGGUUUAUUUGGUUAAUUGGGUUAUUUGUUCUGUUGAUCUCUGUCCAGAAUCCACGGCUGCAUCUCUUUCUGUGAAUCUGAAGUCUUUCUUCUGUGAACUGACGGUCUGAUGAAGGUUCCAGAGCGUUAGCUUCUACAGGUUGUUGUGCGUUGAUCUCUGUACAGACUUUCUAUGUGUGAAUCUAAAGUCUUUCCUCCGAACCGACGGUCUGAAUAACAGAAAAUGACUCCCUCUG